AUGGGGGAGAUGGAACAGAUGAAGCAGGAGGCUGAGCAGCUGAAGAAGCAGAUUGCGGAUGCCCGGAAAGCCUGUGCAGACACAACGCUUGCUCAGAUUGUGUCUGGAGUGGAAGUUGUUGGCCGCAUCCAGAUGCGGACCCGAAGGACCCUGCGUGGGCACCUGGCCAAGAUCUAUGCCAUGCACUGGUCCACGGACUCCAAACUUCUGGUCAGUGCCUCACAAGAUGGGAAACUGAUUGUGUGGGAUACAUACACAACUAACAAGGUUCAUGCCAUCCCUUUGCGUUCUUCCUGGGUCAUGACCUGUGCCUAUGCCCCUUCAGGCAAUUUUGUGGCCUGUGGAGGCCUUGACAACAUGUGCUCCAUCUACAACCUCAAGACUCGUGAAGGCAAUGUCAAAGUGAGCAGGGAGCUCUCAGCCCAUACAGGUUACCUCUCCUGCUGCCGAUUUCUUGAUGACAACAAUAUUGUGACUAGCUCUGGAGACACCACAUGUGCGCUCUGGGACAUUGAGACGGGGCAGCAGAAGACUGUGUUCCUGGGUCACACCGGAGACUGUAUGAGCUUGGCCGUCUCUCCAGACUUCAAACUCUUCAUCUCUGGGGCUUGUGAUGCUACUGCCAAACUGUGGGAUGUGCGGGAGGGCACCUGCCGUCAGACCUUCUCAGGGCAUGAGUCCGAUAUCAACGCCAUCUGCUUCUUCCCUAACGGUGAAGCCAUCUGCACCGGCUCAGAUGAUGCCACUUGCCGUCUCUUUGACCUCCGGGCAGACCAGGAGCUCAUAGUGUACUCUCAUGAGAGCAUCAUCUGCGGAAUCACAUCAGUCGCCUUCUCCCGCAGUGGGCGCCUCUUGCUUGCUGGAUAUGAUGACUUCAACUGCAACAUCUGGGACUCCCUGAAAGCAGAGCGUGUGGGAAUCCUUUCUGGCCAUGACAACAGAGUGAGCUGCCUGGGGGUGACGGCAGAUGGCAUGGCUGUUGCCACCGGCUCCUGGGACAGCUUCCUCAAGAUUUGGAACUGAGGAUGGCAGCAGAGAGGGAAGGAGCAGAGGAAGCACGGCCCACAGCCUGAGCCCAUGCAAACAGCAUCGUCAGCUGAGCACAACAGAAACACCUACCUACC